CGGAAGCUGUUCCUCAGGGCCGGAGCGGGCGGCCGAGGCUCCCCCGACUCGCCGGCCGGGGAUGGCCCCCAAACUCCCCGACUCCGUGGAGGGGCUCCGCGCCGCCGGCAACCAGUGCUUCCGCAACGGCCAGUACGCCGAGGCCUCCGCGCUCUACGGCCGCGCGCUGCGGGCGCUGCAGGCUCGAGGUUCUUCAGACCCCGAGGAGGAGAGUGUUCUGUACUCCAACCGAGCGGCGUGCCACCUGAAGGAUGGAAACUGCUCAGACUGCAUCAAAGACUGCACGUCAGCACUGGCCUUGGUUCCUUUUGGCAUUAAGCCCCUGCUGCGGCGAGCAUCUGCCUACGAGGCCCUGGAGAAGUACUCCCUGGCCUAUGUCGACUACAAGACGGUGCUACAGAUUGAUGAGAACGUGAUGUCCGCCGUGGAAGGCAUCAACAGAAUGACCAGAGCGCUCAUGGACUCACUCGGGCCCGAGUGGCGCCUGAAGCUGCCCUCUAUCCCCUUGGUACCUGUUUCAGCUCAGAAGAGAUGGAAUUCCUUGCCUUCAGAGAACACCAGAGAGACAGCUAAAAGCAGAUCCAAAGAAAACACAACUGCGAAGAACAGAGUGCCUUCUGCUGGGGAUAUGGAGAGAGCCAGAGUUCUGAAGGAAGAAGGCAAUGAGCUUGUAAAGAAGGGCAACCAUAAGAAAGCUAUUGAGAAGUACAGUGAAAGCCUCUUGUUUAGUAACCUGGAAUCCACCACAUACAGCAACAGGGCGCUCUGCCAUCUGGUCCUGAAGCAGUACAAGGAAGCCGUGAAGGAUUGCACAGAAGCCCUCAAGCUGGACGGGAAGAACGUGAAGGCGUUCUACAGGCGGGCUCAAGCGUACAAGGCUCUCAAGGACUAUAAAUCCAGCUUUGCAGACAUCAGCUGCCUCCUACAAAUUGAGCCCAGGAACAUCCCUGCACAGAAGUUGCGGCAGGAAGUUAACCAGAACCUGAGCUGAAAACCCCAAGAGGCAACAGGAAGCUCCUUCCCAACUCUUCCAGAGCAGCCAGGAGCCCCCUCUUGAAACCCAGCAUGCCCAGAUUGAGCUCUGACACUCCCUCCUUGGCCCCUCAGACCAUGGCCUCCCGCCCCAGAAGAGCCUUGCUUGUUCAAAUGAACCUCAGAGUAGUCACACCCAGACCUUGUUUUGCCAGAAGGUCCCCAUGAGAGCUGAAGUGGGAAGCUGAGGUUCUGGCCCCAUCAGCUGUGAUUCUGAAAUCUGACACAUUCCACACAAAGAGUCUCAUCAACAAGGCACACGGCUUUGUCCCUGCCCCAAGCAUGUUCCAGAUUCCUUAUAACUUCACCAGACCCCAUGUCCAUUGUAGUGAACCUGAACAGCUUCUGGGCAGGGGUGGGGGGAUCCUAAAGAACCCUUGGCCCACCUUCGCCCAUAGCAGUCUGUCGAGCUGGUUCUCCAAGGCUGCAGCCUCCCUGUGGGGCAGCUGCUGUCCCCACUCUGCCCUUGGCACAGUCAUGUGUCUGAGCCCCAGUGCCUUUUGUCCAGGCCCUCUGCUGGGGAGGCAGAGUGCUGGACUCUGCUGCCUUCUGCAUGGAGGUACCCACGCAGUGGCAAGAGCCCAGUGGUUGUGGCUGCUGCUCCUGGAGGUGGGAUGGGGACAUACUAGUGACCACUGGUCACUGCCUCACGGUCAGUGUUCUUCCAUUCCACGCAGGGACUUGCCUUCUUCCAACAGUGGCCCCUCCAGGCUUCUUCAUUCUUUGUGAUAUGUUGAAGUUCAUUUGAACUGAUUCUGGUUUUGUUGAACUGUGUGUUUAGCUACUGCAUUAAAAGGCUUCCUUCUACAUAACAGCGGCCGUGCU